UUUUGUCUUUCUCCACCUGAUAGUCUGUUCACUCAUCCCACUUAUCCCACCGAGCUUGUAUAUCCUCACAUAUAUUUACUUCCAUCUUUCCACCCUCAGCGAUAUAAUUUCGUACGGCUCCGUAACAUCACAAGUGUGGUUUCUGCCUGUGACAGUGAAGGCGUCACAUACAUAAACUUGUGAUUCGAUUCAGCACCUGAACAGCAUCCGUUGUUGUUACAUAUCUUGUUACAUUGUCCUUUCCAACACUAUAUCUGCUCCUCACCAGCCAGCCAUUCGACACAUUCCUAACCUGUUGCUUCCUUCCUCCUCAGGUUUCCUCUCCCAGGCGUACAUAUGGCUGCCGUGGUUGCCCCGCAUGGCGGUACGUGGCAGGAGCGUAGGAUGAGUUACAAUAUGCUACAUAUGCCGUCCUCUACCAUGGCAUUCUCUUCCUACGAUUUAGGCAGCCGAUCUGCCACCGCGGUCCCUAACUCGCAGCCGUUCCCCUUCGAUAUGAGCAUGCGAACAUUUACGACGGGCAUGAACAGCUCAAUUCCCAUGCAUCAGACGGCAUAUGGCAUUGAGGCUAUGGGAGUACAUCAGUAUAGCAUGCCGCCUUCCUAUGUGAGCAUGCCAGCUUCCACGGCACAUACUCAUGCCGUGUCUUACCAAACUGCUUCGGACAUCUCGACCGGAGUCCCUCGCAUUCCCGAAGUACGGAACGGUGCCGCCAUUCAUCAACCGAUCAAAGUGGAGAUGGAGUCACCUAUUCAGUCACCGCAGAUGCUCAAAGAUUCGCUCAUGGCGACUGAGAUGAGCGGAGCUGAUUCAGUGAAUGCUGAGACUGGGAUCAACUUCUCAACGGACGUAGACACGUUGAUGAGGACCAUUCAGAGCAAGACUGAGACAGCAGCAAGAGCGUCGAGUGAACGAGCUGGUUUAGUGAACGGGUUCGAGGCGGUGAAUUCCCAGAAUGAAUCUCGUUCAUAUCCGCAACAUCAAAAGAAAAUGGGACGGGCAACUGGGAAAGCCCGAAAGAAAUAUGUAUGCCGUAUUCCGGGCUGCGACAAGCUCUUCUCCCAGAAGACUCACCUGGAUAUCCAUACCCGUGCCCACACUGGUUUUAAGCCAUUUAUCUGUAAAGAGCCAUCAUGCGGCCAACGAUUCACACAACUGGGAAAUCUUAAGACCCAUGAACGACGACAUACCGGCGAGCGACCAUAUAGCUGCGAGGAGUGCGGUAAGACUUUCGCACAGCGAGGCAACGUACGAGCGCAUCAGAUCGUGCAUCUGCAAAUCAAGCCAUUUACAUGUCUGCUUGAUGAUUGCGGAAAGCAGUUCACGCAGCUAGGGAACCUCAAGUCCCACCAAAACAAAUUCCACUCCGCCACCCUUCGCUUCCUAGCCCACAAAUUCUCCUCGAUCCGCGAAGGCGACCCAGUCACCGCCCAAGACAAGGACCUCUGGGAAUACUUCGCGCGCCUGUACCGCAACUCCAACAAAGGCAUCAAAGGCCGGGGCAAACAUCGCCGCAUCGCCACCACCUCCCCCGAAUUCCACUCCUCCAGCUCCCCACCUGCCUCUGCCUCGUCGAAUGCGUCAUAUGGUGCCAGCACGGGGCCGUCGUCCGUCGACUCGGCAUCCGCGAACGCGAAGCAUGAACGCGGAAGCAGGGAUAGCUCGCUGGUGAGUGAGCAGGGGCAUCAUAAUUUGACGAUGCAGAGGCAGGGGAGUUUGCAUGGGAUGCAUCACCAUCAUAUCAACCCAAAUAUUAGGACUGACGAACACUUUGGGUUUGAUGGGGCGAAUGUAGAGUAUGGCGAUUUGGUGUUCCCUGAGCGCAAGAUGUUCUAAGCGGUGCUUUUGUAUUGGUUGAGCUUGUGGAAAUGGCAUGUACUAAGUGGACGGCGAGCGUGAAUCGUUGGGUAUUGUGUUUAGGAAGGACGGUAGCGAUCGAGCUUGGGCGUAUUUCGGGAUGAAUGAGCGAACGGACCAUAGGGACGGUCACUUUUCGGUUUUUAUGACGGUUACGGUUUGACGAUGAAUGGUUUCUUUGUCCUGGACUUGCCUCUGUCGCUAUUUGUGACAGUUGUGAGGCUUGAGUCCCUUUCGGUUUGUACUUAGACGUCCCAGCCUACGGUUAUAUUUU